AUGUCCUUCAAACAAUUCUUCAACAUCGCCGACUUCUUCACCACUUUUCGGAAAUCCAUGGAUAUCGUCGUUGUUGGCGCAGGGCUGGGAGGGCUCGCCGCCGCUCUUGCAGUCAGAACGGCCAGCGCUGCACAUAAAGUGUUGGUUCUUGAAGCCGCACCACAAUUAGCAGAGGUCGGAGCAGGGCUCCAGCUAACGCCUAAUUCGACCAAACUCCUCGGUCGCUGGGGGCUUGAGGAUACGCUCACAAACCUGGCCACACGCCCACAGGUCUUCACUAUCUCUCGCUACACUGGCACGAAAGUACUCGGUCGGCGAGAUGGCUUUGACAGAGAAAUGGUAUCCAAAUAUGGAUCCCCGUUCUGCGACAUUCACCGUGCCGAUCUUCAACUAGCCAUGUUCGAAAGAGCCAAGCAGCUGGGAGUUCAGUUCAUGUUUAAUGCAACGGUACAGCAGUAUGAUCUCGAGUCUCCUAGUGUGACUCUUCUAGAUGGGACGCGCAUCGAAGGAGAUUUGAUCGUUGCCGCAGAUGGUCUGUGGUCGAAAGCUCGAUCCGAGUUCCUGGCGACCAACGAUCCACCGGUUCCCACUGGGGACUUGGCUUACCGCAUCGUCCUGAAUACCGAUAUGAUCAUCGAUCAAGAUAUGAAAGAGUUUGUCUCGAAGCCUCGAGUUCAUCUGUGGGCUGGACCCCAGUGCCAUGCUAUCUACUACCCUCUUCGCAACAACACCAUGAUCAACAUUGUCCUAUUGGUGCCAGAUAACCUGCCCGAGAAUGUUGCGAAAGCUAGUGGAGAUCUCGAGGAGAUGAAAGAACUCUUUCGUGAUUGGGACCCUUUAUUGCAACGAUUCCUUGCCCUUGUCCCAGCCGUAUUCAAGUGGCGAUUAAUGAAUAAUGCCGAGAUGGAAAAUUGGUGUAAUGAAAAAGGAACUAUCGCCUUCCUUGGUGACUCCUGCCACCCCAUGUUACCAUACAUGGCGCAGGGAGCCAACUCGGCGCUGGAAGACGGGGCGGUUCUGGGAGGCAUUCUAUCUAUGGUCCAGAGCAAAUCAGAACUGCCUUCUGCGCUCAAGAUUUAUCAAGAUCUUCGCAAACCACGCAGCUGGGCCAUGGUGAAAGGGAGUCUAAAACAGAGAUACUGGAACCACCUCCCUGAUGGACCAGAGCAAGAAGACCGUGACAAGCUGCUCCAGGAACAGUUUGAUGAGCCACAGCCGGGCUAUCCAUUCUACUGGUUGGACCCAUCGCUGCAAUCAAUCGUGUAUUCCUAUGAUGCGGACGAAGAGGUCAAAGCAGCGUGGGGUCGUUAUAGCCAAAAGCGGUGA